GGAGGCGCCGGCGGCCUUUCCCCUCGCCGGGGGAUGGCGGCCCCGGGCCCUCCGCAGCUCCCGUGGCCGCGGCCGGGCCCGCGGCUGCGGUCCGGGCUGGAGGUCGCGCUGCGGGUGCCCAGCCUGUUUCUCAUCGACGCCAUCUUCAACUCGGCCCCGCUGCCGGGCGGCUCCGUGUGCGCCGCGCUGCUGGGCGUGCUGCUGCGGCUGCUGGGUGUCUUUGUAUCCAGCAUUGUUCUGGUGUUACAACAGCGAGCACUUUUCAAGUUUUAUAUGAUCGCCUCGGCAUUUCUGCUGGCUGCAACUUCAGUGUUGGUGAAUUACUAUGCUUCUUUGCACAUAAACUUCUACAGUGCCUACUACACAGCAGCUUUUGGAAUUCAGUUCCUCCCUCAUAAAGGACCUUCGCUAUGGAUGGCGCUUUCCAUCCUUCAGCUUACCUUCGGAAUCGGAUACGUUACGUUGCUGAACAUGCAGUCUGUAUAUUCCCAGCUAAUCAUCCUGGAUAUACUGAUUCCUGUAAUUGGCUUGGUUGUUGAACUACCUUUACAUGUCCGACAGAUGCUAGUUUUUAUUUCAGGCCUAGUGCUGACACUGAACACCACAGUCAUUUUAGUUACGAAAAUCAAGUGGUUCUAUUACUCAGUGCGGUAUGUUUAUCUGCUGGUGAGGCACAUGUAUCGCAUUUAUGGAUUACAGCUAUUGGUGGAAGAUACAUGGAAAAGGAUUCGAUUUCCAGCUGUUCUGCGUGUCUUCUGGCUGACGAGACUUACAGCACAAGCUGUGGUAUUGACAUAUGUUGUAAAGAUGGCUGAAACUAAUACGGAAGACAAAUUCUUCUUGAUUUCGUGGGAUAAUUGUUGGGAACUGAUCUGCAGCCUAAUAAUAAGUGGGUGUGAUUCUACCUUAACUGUGUUAGGCAUGAGUGCUGUUAUUUCCUCCAUAGCACAUUAUUUGGGACUUGGCAUCUUGGCCUUCAUUGGGUCGACCGACGAGGAUGACAAAAGGCUGGGUUUUGUAGCACCUGUUCUGUUUUUCAUUUUGGCUCUGCAGACUGGUUUAAGCGGACUGAAACCAGAAGAAAGACUAGUUCGUCUGAGCCGAAACAUGUGCCUUUUGCUAACCGCAGUCCUGCAUUUUAUCCAUGGAAUGACAGACCCCGUGCUGAUGUCUCUCAGUGCCUCCCACGUGCCGUCGUUCCGCAGACACUUCCCCGUGCUGUUUGUUUCAGCUUGCCUUUUCAUCCUGCCGGUUCUGCUCAGCUACGUCCUCUGGCACCACUACGCACUGAACACGUGGCUUUUCGCAGUUACCGCGUUCUGCGUAGAGCUCUGCCUGAAAGUAAUCGUUUCUAUCACUGUUUAUGUAUUGUUUAUGAUCGACGGCUACUACAACGUGCUGUGGGAAAAGCUUGACGACUACGUCUAUUACGUUCGCUCCACUGGCAAUAUUAUUGAGUUUAUAUUUGGAGUCAUCAUGUUCGGAAAUGGAGCUUACACAAUGGUUUUUGAAUCGGGAAGUAAGAUCCGCGCUUGCAUGAUGUGUCUGCACGCGUACUUCAACAUCUAUUUGCAAGCAAAGAAUGGCUGGAAGACUUUUAUAAAUCGCAGGACUGCUGUUAAGAAAAUAAACUCCCUUCCAGAGGUGAAAGGAAGCCGGCUCCGUGAAAUAGAUGACGUAUGUGCAAUCUGCUACCACGAGUUCACCACGUCUGCUCGCAUUACCCCGUGCAACCAUUACUUUCAUGCACUUUGUCUUCGGAAGUGGCUGUACAUUCAGGACACUUGCCCCAUGUGCCAUCAGAAAGUGUAUAUUGAGGACAAGGAGAACGCCAACAUCUCUAACAACAACGGGUUUGUGCCACCAAAUGAAGAUCCUGUACUAGUUGCAGAAGAAGCUGCUGAUGCUGAAAAUGAAUUAAAUGAAGAUAAUGACAGCUCGGAUAGUGGCGAAGAAGAUGAUGAUGGUGUGGAACAGCACUUGAAUGAGACUCUUAACGCUGACUCUGACUCUCUUGGGUGAUUAAGAUGUUCUUUCCUAAGCCGUGAGGUAUUUGUUUAAAAUUGACUCAAACAGAAUAAAAGCAUCACUUUGUAGUUAUUGUACUUUUAAGCACAACAGCAGUAUCUCGGUGUUGAGUCUGUGAAUGGUGGUUGUUUACUGUGGUGUGUGCUACUGUAAAUAUACCUCUAAUUUUUGCUGGUCUCUUUCAUGACCACCUUAAAUUAUGUACAUUAUUGUACAUGGAAUAAAAUGUUUUCACGUUUUUAAGAUGGUUGGAAAAACACUCUUUAAUUGAUGUAGUGAUAAUGCUGUGCCAAAGACUGCCUACCAGUAAUCCCUGAUCAGUGAGUUCUGGAUGUAAAACACUGGUGAAAACAGACUGUUCAGCGGGUUAAAUCAGAAACGAAAAGCUUGAACCAAAGCAGCUUUACUUAACAAAUUCAGUAUUAGCAGAGCUUUAUCACUUAAAAAAUAGUGAGUUGUGUUUAAAAAGAAAACAAUGCAAAGCUUAGGUUGGUAGACUUAACACUACAGCAUUUGCCGAAGUGGAGCAAAAGAUGAAACCGCUAAGCUUUCUGGUCAAGUAGUAAGCAUGCACUUGAUUGUUAAGCACUUCUGAAUUACCAGUAGUAACUUGAAGCAUUCUACACGUGAACUCAGCAGCCUGGUAUUCAUUUUGCAAUGUGUGCAGGUAUUAACAAGAGCUGCUAGCUUAGGCUAUUCUAGAAAUUGAUCCCGAAUCUUGAUGAAAAGGAAAUAGGGCUAGGAAACUGUACCAAUGCAGACCACUUUUUCAAAAUCAGCUUUAAUCUUGUACAAAAAGCACUACAUAUUGGUUUCUGUCGAUAAGAACUUGCAGAUAUGAUCAGUCUUAACUUUUUUGCAAUAUACUUACUAAAGUUAUGUUGAAUAAAUGUAAGAAAACUUUAUAUAUUUGGAAAGAAGACUUUAAUAGUGUUGUUAUAUAGAGUAUUGGCCAACUCGAGUGGGUCAUCUUCUCUUACUGCUGCCAUAAUUUCCAGUAUUUGACUAAAAAAAAAAUAAUAAUUGCUAUUAGACUCCAAAAAUCAGUAAUGAAUAUACAUCAGAGUGUCACAUCUGUAUGUACAUGAGUAACUAAGAUUAACCUGGAAUAAAAACCUACUAUGAGAGCAACAGGCUGAGAUGCUCUGAUACGGAAACAGCUUCACUUACUAAAGUCAGUAACUUCUAUUCCCUGGUUGCUCACUGGUACAGGUUCAUCUUUGGUCUUUUGACUCUUGUUCAGAGGUAAUUAAACAGCUUUCUGUUCCAAA